CAACCUUUACAUGCGACAAACGUCACAAUUCUGCGUCCCAGGAUGAGGAGCAACGGGAAAAACAUACUUAUUUCCGGGUCACGUUCAGUUCAUACUCAAAACUGAUAGAAGUCGCAUUUAAUGUGGAAUAUGAACGAACACACAAAAUUCGUAUUCCACCAAAAAAUCCGACUUGUUCGUUAAGACCUGCUGUGUGAACGUAGCCUAAAUCAGGUUUCUAUUCUACUUACGAACACACACUGUUUUAUGUUUAAGUGUGUAUUUUAACGGAUAGCGUUCUCAGCCGUCACCCAGCAGCUUCCGUUUCGGAUGUUUUCAGAAAACACACGUUAUCCAUGAACGAUGCUAACUCAUGUCUUGUUGCUCUCGUGUCCCGUCUUUUGUGGAUCCCGAACGUCUCGCAGGAUUUAACUCAUACACUGGAAACUCAGCAGGAGUUGUAGGAUCAGGAGAAGUCUACAAGGACCCGCGAGACAAGUGGACGAAAAGUCAGGAGCAGGAGAACUCGAUCCCCAGCGGCGCUCCGGAGAGUCUGACCUUCAAGGAGCGCCAGCGUCUCUUCUCUCAGGGGAAGGAGGUUUCCAACAAGGUCAAGGCUUCACGUAAACUCAUGGAGCUGGAGAACGAGCUCAACACCAAGUAGUAGACCGAGCCCAUCGCCUCCUAGUGUCACCUUAACCGCCGCCGCCACCGGAACGUUAAGGUGCUCCUGGGAAAAGAAAAAAACACAACAACAACAGAAAACCCACGGGUGGAAAGAGCCGCCGCCACCGCCGCUCACUUCCCUUCCACUGGCCGUCUCUUCCUUUUUUUGUGUUGUUUGCCCAUUUUAUUUUUUUAUUUUAAUCAUUUAAAUAACUGGACCAUUCACUUUUUUUGACGUAGCUAUAUCGUUGCAAUAGGAGAGACAUUUACGGCUUCAAACUCCCUCCCCUCGUUAAGGUCUGUCAAAGAUAUAUAAUGAUAAAGCACUGUACAAACCUUUGAAUUCUAUCUGGUGAGAAUUUGAUUUCACGCGACUAAAGGGGAUAUAUUUUUGUUUGUAAAACGGUUCUUGGGCGAGGGAUGGAGAAAGGUUCAUUCUCAUUUUAAAUUUUUUUUUUUUUUUUUUUUUUUUAUGGCUUCAUCGAAUACGAACAGUUUUAUUGUGUUCUUUUAUCGUUUUUUUUCUCGGCAUCAUGUCGUUUUUUUCUGACUUUUAAUUCCUUCUCGCCAGCAGAUACGCCCUCUGAGCUCCAGACCAACCUUUAUUUUCUUGUUUUUUUUGUUUUUUUUUUAUUUUAAUUAAAUUCUCAGUGAGUGAAAACACUGUUAUUUCAUUCCGUAGCAAGAAAGCAUGGGAAUUCUUUUUAUUUUAAUUUUUUGUUUUUGUUUUGUGAUGUUUUAGAUAAAUCUCCGGAGGAUUCUCCAGAGGAUGGUCUUACAGUCCAGACACGGAUCUUUUAAGUGCACAACAUUACUGUAAAUAUUCAGGUCCACAGCUGUCUCACUCUUUUACUACUGUCGAAAACCUGCCAGGCUACUAAAAAAAAACUGCAAAACUAAUGUGAUUUAACAGCAUUCGGUGGCAGACGUUCUGCCAGAACUGGACUAUCUACCGCCCUCUUUCAUUCUUUCUUUCUCUCCGGAGUGGAAUUUUUAAUCGUUUUCUCACUCCGACCUGAGGUAACUUUAACUUUAUUUUUUUAUUUUUAAUCCGAGUCAUGUUUUUUUGUUUUGUUUGUUUUUUUUUUUUGCAGAGUUGUGUGAGAUUAAUUCGACCGACUUUUUACCCUAAAUUCAAUCCGGAAAAACUAAACUCCUUCAAUGUGAUUAAUGUUGGUUUCCACGGUAAAAAAAUAAAAAAUAAAA